UAUAUAUAUAUAUUUAUUUGUUUUUCCUCCUUUAUUUUUUUUUCCUUUUAACUCCGACUCUGUCUCUGUCAAUCUCACGUAUAAACACGCAUAAUUGGACAAAUUUGCAAUCCCCCAUUCCCUUUCCAAACCUCAAAAACAAGUUUAGUAGUACUGGUAGUAGCCAGUAGUGGGCGACCUUUCCUCUCACUUCACCUCCUCACGUUCUCACACUCUUCCUCUCUUUAAUUAAUUUUAUAUUUAUAUUUGAAAAAAAAAAUCUAUUUCUCUCCCAUCUGCCUAGUGGUUGCCAAUCUUGCUCUAUUUACUCCAGUCCACUCUCCCCCUCUCACCUUUGUCGCCUCCGCUUCCGGCGUAUGACUAGCAAAGUUGCACUGCUUCCUACUACUAUUUUCGUCUGUCCUGGCCCCUAGGUCUAGCCAAUCUUCUUCACUCAGCCUUUUCCUUCUUAAAUGCCCGGACCCCUCUUUUAUAUUUAUAUUUUUAUGGAAACGGAAUCCUAACCAGCUUCCCAAGAAUUCCAUUUGCCAUAAUACUUUGCCGGAACUCAUGCCGUUUCUCCACGCCUGAAAGACUUUUGCUGUCAAAUUGAGAGUAAAACCAGAUUUCAAAUUCUACAAGUCAGAAAGUUGCAGGACUACAUUUGCUCCAAGCCCAAGAAGAAACAUGGAAGAUGGCUUCCUCGCCACCGCCGGUGACAUGACCGACAUGUGCUCUGACUUGUUCGGUCAUAUUGAGGACUUCCUCGAGUUCCCAAAUGAUGAGGAUCUCAUUGCCGCUGUCGACCAUUGCCCACCACCACCAACUCUUCCUCUUCAGCAUCAACAUCACAUGCCACCAUCAUCAUCUUCUUCUUCUUCUUCUUCUUCCUCACAGAUAAUGAUGAUGAUCCCUACCCCUGUUGCUCCUGCUGCUGCUCCUGCUCCUCCUGCUCCUCCUUUUGCUACUACUGCUACUACUAUGCAUGAUAUCAUCUUCUUGGGAGGAGACUCCAGCAUCACGGCCACUGCCCCCGAGCAUGAUGAUCUCGACAUCGCCCAACUGGAAUGGCUGUCCAAUUUCUUUGACGACUCGUCGUCUGAUCCUUUCUCGCAAGACCUGGCAAACAAUGACAUGAAUAUGAAUAUGAAUAUGAAUAUGAAUAUGAAUGAUAAUAGCAAGAGCGAUGAGAAUGGUUUCAAUGGCGUCAUUAGAAGCGGGAAGGACACCUUGUUCCGGGCUUGUGGUAGCCCUGUUUCAGUUCUCGAGCCUAACAGCCUUGUUGGAUUGUCCAACAAUUGCUCAGCUAAAAGCGCCACUUCGUCGUCCUCAUCAUCCAGCUCCGGUGUUGGUUCCAGCAGCAAUGAGAGGCUUCUGGCUCCCCCUCACAGCCCACCGGAGGCAAUGGUGUCGAUCAUACCUGCCCGGGCUCGCACAAAGCGCCCCCGUGCUGUCUCAUCAUACCGGCCUCUCAUAUAUGUAUCUUUAACACCGCCACCACCACCAUCAGCAGCUGCAGCGGUUUCCGAAGCAGAGGCGGAGAGCUUCGGUGAGUCGGAUUCUUCUCCCAGCAUGGCCACAAUGCCAGUGCCAGUGAUGAUGAUGAUGCAAAAGAAGAAAAAGUUGCAGCAGCAACAGCAGCAGCAGAAGAAGACAAAGAAGAGGAAGAGCCCAGGUGCUGCUGGUAUUGCUGCUGGGGAGGAAGAAGGUGGAGAAACAGAAGGUGAGGGUGAGGGUGAGGGUGCUGGUCCUCCUCCCGUCAGGAAAUGCAUGCAUUGCGAGAUACAAAAGACGCCACAAUGGAGGGCGGGGCCUAUGGGCCCCAAGACUCUGUGUAAUGCGUGCGGCGUUCGUUACAAAUCUGGCCGACUCUUCCCCGAGUACCGCCCGGCCGCCAGUCCCACGUUCAUCCCCACUCUGCAUUCCAAUUCUCACAAGAAGGUGGUCGAGAUGCGGAUUAAGGCCAGCCAGAAGACUGUCACUGUCGCAGACAAGGAGUCUCCUGCUCUCAAGAACUGUGACCUCAUUGAAUACAUCCGGAGAAGGGAUUGACAGUAACGCCUUCAUUGUUCCUUCUCUAUAUUCUUUUUUUCAAUUCUUUUUUCCUUCAUUAUUAUUAUUAUUAUUAUUUUUAUUUUUAUUUUUUUGGUGGGGUUUCUAGGACUAGGAAGUAGCGCGUCUUUUUGGGGUUCAUUAGUAUUUUUCUCUCCCCUGUUUUUGUACAGAGUAAAAGGGGGCAAGAAUGAAUCGGUAAUAUAGGCUUACAGUAGUUUAAAAUUGAUCAGGUUGGGUUUGGAGGGAGAUAUUAGAGUGAUGCAUGCAUAGAUCUUGAACAAUGAGUUUGGGGAGAAACUUUAAUCAGCUUAAUGUGUUUGGUCGAGGAUGGGUGUCUAGUUUGAUGUUUAGUCAGCAAAAUUGAAUCGAUUCUUUAUUAUGUUAUGUGGUCUAUUGUUAGCUAGGAACAUUGGUUUGGUUUUGUACCUUUUGCAAGUCUGGUUUCCCUCUAAUUCUAUUGUUUGAUAAUUUGUUUUCCGCUA